UGGCAUUCCUUUCUCACCUUCCCAAAACUUUCUAAUCAUAACACUGCGCCAUCCAGUCAAUGGUUUAUCUCCACGGUCAAGCUCCAAGGUCAGUGGGAUCCUCGUGAAAUCCUCCCCCGAUUCGCUUUGCAUACAUUUGCAGUAGCCAGUAUGUCAUCGAUCGUGAAACCCAAAGACGACAAAGAGAAAAAGAAAGACAAAAACACCUCAGCCCGAAAGCAACAGCAGCGAAGGAACCGAUUCAACGAGGAUGUUCCGACGAUUGAUAACCCCACUCGCAUCCUGGAACGUGCGGCAGAAGUCGAUUUCAGAAACAAGCAAGAGGCCGAUAGUUUCAAAUCGCAGUACAAUGAAACGUUCGUGAAGGCGGCAUCAGCCAAGGGAGGCACAAAUGUGCUUCAUAAAUUGGCGGAAUCCAAAUGGUUGCAGGAAAAGGUUGAUGGGUUUCUGGGAUGGCUGCUGAAGGAUUAUUAUGCGCUUUUGGAGAAGGGGGGUGACGAUCUCAAUCCUCUGCAACUUGCAAUCAAGAGCGAAAACGACGAGUUCGUCAAAUCCGUGCUGGCUUACCCUGGACUCAAGAAUAUGGGGUCUGUUUUGAAGCACGCUAGCAGGUAUGGGAACUCGCUUCAUAUAGCUGUGUUGAGUGACUGUCCAGAGUUGCGGGCGGUUAUCGAUUAUUUCAGGAAGAAAGUCUUUAUGACGAAGGCCCUUGAUGUGCUGUCUGACAAAACGUCGUUUCCCCGGGUUGAGAAUUAUUUUGAUAUCAAAUUCAAGAAGCUGCUUCUCGACGAUGUCCAAUCGUCAACGAUGCACCCAAGUUUCCAUUCUACAGCGAUACAGGAGAGCGACUGGAAUAAAAAAUCGAAGCAAGCUCUUAGUACGUUAUUGGACACACUGAAGUGAGAGAUACAAAACGGACCGUGGGAGCGUUACCUAUCACAUGC